GCAUGCGCCAGCGCAAGGCUCUCGGUUGAGAAGGUGCCGCGGCGGCGCCGGAGAUAUGAAAUCAAACCAACCCAUGUGCUUCAUUAUCAUGGAGAUCUUGGAGAUUCACCUGAGCACGGAGUUCAUGUGUGUUUUAUGUCAGAGGCCUCUGUUGGACAGCAGAAUAUUUUCUCAGCUGUGAACUUUAGCAGAAGGAAGCUUUAAAUAUGUGGUUUAACCAUGGGCCCAAUUUGAAGAAAGAUAUUUAAAUCAUUAUGGAGAGGAAAACAAUACUUUUUGCUCAGUUGUGCACUCUCCACGGGACUUGGUAAGGCGAGGAAGAAGCUGGUGGAACUGAAAGUGUGACUGAAGCUGGGCUUGUAGGCAGCCUCUCUCUCUCUCUUACUGUGGAAAUGCCCUCAGAUCAGUCCUUACUCCCCUGAAGACCCUCCCCAAAGCCUUAAAACUCAAAACUGGUCAGAUGAUGGAUGAGUCAGAUGAUGAUUUUAAAGAACUCUGUGCCAACUUUUUCCAAAGGGUAAAAAAAAAUGGGACCAAGGAAGUGUCAGGAGAAAAGAAGACCCAGAAGGCCUCAAACAGCACUCAGAUCAGAAACAAACUGAAAAAAACCAAACAAUCCACCACCAAGAGCAAAACACUUCUUGGCCCUGCAGGGAAGAAACCUAAAUUAGGCAGCGAGGACCCUAGCACUAAAAAGCCAGAGGCAACCAAGUUGCAAGAAAAUGAACAAGCUCUUUCUGUGAAUGGGGAGGGAGGAGUGCUUGCUCCUGCUCUGAAUCAGCUCAACCUCUGUGAAAGAGCACAGAGCAUCCAGACAGAGAAUGCUCCCAGUGGUGACUCCCACCUUGCUCCAACCUGUUUGACAGCAGCUGUGCCAAGUCCCUCCAAACCCCGCACUGCAGAGCUGGUUCUCCAGCGGAUGCAGCAGUUCAAGCGAGCAGACCCUGAGCGUUUGAGGCAUGCUUCAGGAGAGUGCUCCGUGGAGGCCGCACUGGAAGAGAACAGCCCACAAAGUCCUCAAGAGGAGAUGGUGACAGGAAACGGGUAUGAGCCCAGGCUCCCUGCCACAGACAGUGAUGCUGCUGUGGCCUUGGCCUUGCAGCAGGAGUUUGGAAGGGAAGCAGCAUCUGCGCACAAUGGUAGCCUGGAGGAGAAUGGGUUGUUCUUCUGCCAAAUGUGUCAGAAGAACCUCUCAGCCAUGAACGUGACCCGGAGGGAGCAGCACGUGAACAGGUGCUUGGAUGAGGCUGAAAAGGCACUAAAACCUUCCAUACCUCAGAUCCCUGAGUGCCCGAUUUGUGGCAAACCGUUUCUCAGCUCCAAGAGCAGAAUCAGUCACCUGAAGCAGUGUGCAGUGAAGAUGGAGGUGGGCCCCCAGCUCCUGCUGCAGGCCGCGCGGCUGCAGACAGCUCAGUUGGAGGCAGGCGGCAGUCUUCCUGUACCCAGCUCCGGCAGUCACACUAGGGGUUUGAAACGGAAAGGAGCCACCAACAAGAAGGAGCCACAGAAGAGGCGGAAGGUUAGCAAGCCCAGCGUGCCAUCCGAGGACCUGCUGGUGGCCAUGGCUCUGUCCCGAUCUGAGAUAGAGCAGUGUCCAGCUGUGCCUGCACUCAUACUAGAAAACGCUUUUUCUGAGAGAAUGAGACCAGGAGCAGAGAAAAAGAGUCGCAAGAAGAAACCCCCGGCAUCCCCGCCACAGUUGUUAGUUCAGGAUUCUGAGACCACAGGUAGACAGAUUGAGGACCGCGUGGCCCAGCUGCUUUCAGAGGAAGCUGAGCUGUCCAGCACGCCACCACUUCCUGCCAGCAGGAUUUUCAAGGAAGAAUGGGAAGAGGCAGGCUGGCGUCUACAGCUGCCUGAAGGAAAGAGGAACUUUCUGUGGGAGGGAAGUGCCCUGACUAGGGCCUGGGCUGUGGAGUCCUUUUACACCAUGGGCCUGGUACCUCCCAUCGUGCCCCAGCAGCCAGCCAAGGGUCUCAGGCAGGAACCUGAGCUACCACUGGUGCUGUGGGAGCAGCCAGAGCCAAGCGUGCAAAAGUCACCUGCUCUCCACAGCAGCCACCCUGCAGGCCUUGGCCCCAGGGACCCGUUGCUCUCUGCCAGCCAGAGGGAGCACCAAGCCCUGCAGGACCUCAUGGACCUGGCGGAGGAGGGGCUGAGUGGCAGCCCAUGGCCCUGCAGUGGGGUUGCAGGGAUAGAUUCGGUGCCCAGCAGCCUUCCACUGACUGGCUUUGUCCUGCCAUUCAAGGAGAAGCCUCCUGAGAGAGGUGUCCACACUUCGGUCUCCCUGGGGCUGUUGGCUGCUGACUUCAGUGCCAUGGUCAAUAACCCACACCUGAGUGACGUCCAGUUCCAGAUGGACAGUGGGGAGGUGCUUUAUGCCCACAAGUUUGUGCUUUAUGCCCGAUGUCCACUUCUCAUUCAGUAUGUGAACAAUGAAGGCUUCUCUGCUGUAGAAGAUGGUGAUCUGACCCAGCGUGUCCUACUGAGCAACGUGAGCUUCGAGGCGGCCUGUGCAUUCCUGCACUAUCUCUACACAGCAGAUACUAGCUUGCCUCCGUGCCUGGUCCCUGCCCUGAGCUCCUUGGCCCUCAGGUUUGGUGUGAAUGACCUCGUUCACCUGUGUGAGCAGGUGCCUGUCCUGAUGGACUCCGAGGGCGAACAGCAGGAGAAGGAAGAUGAGAACUGUGACAGCAGAGUGGAGAAUCUCCAAGAGCUCUUGAGGGCAGUGUGGGCGGAUGAGGAGGAGGAGGAAACAGAGAGCCACCAAGAAGACAGAGUGCAGGUCAAUGAAGCAGAGAUGGAAGAAAUUUAUGAAUUUGCAGCUACUCAGCGAAAGCUACUCCAGCGGGAGAGAGAAGCAGACACAGAGGAGGACAGUGACUACCCCGGGAAGGACAGUCCAGUGGCUGGGCCUGUGCUGGGAAGGGUCCAGAGUGACGAACAGUUAGAAAAGCAAGAACAAUCGGAGUUGUCUGGGCCUGGCAAAGAGGAGGCCUCAGCCACCUGGGGAAAUGCACCACAUUCCCUUCCGCUGCUCCCGGGCCUGCGUUCAGUCAGCACAGGGGAGGCAGAGACCCACGAGCAAGAGGUGCCAAUAGGGGCACCUGGCCCGAGCCCCUCUGGGGGCUGCCAGGCAGGGGGAAAAGAAGGCUUCCUUUUGCAUCCAGUGAAGAUCCACAAUCACCAGCAGGCCUGUUCAUCAACUCAAGGAUCUGAACUGUCCCAAAUAAUGAGCAGCCCUGAGGAGCAGAGUGGCACUGUCAGGGAGAGGCAGGUGGAGAUGGCCUGUCCUCUGGCUCCACAGCAGAUAUCCCUGCCACACCCAUGCUACCUCCUGUCACAGCCCCCCGGAGGCAGGAGUCCUGGCCAGUCACAGUUCCACCUUGACAUAGGUGAUCCAUCCCCAGCAGCGUCUCAGUCAUACGGUGGUGCUUCCCGGGUGGCCUCCCCAGGCUCACUGUCCCCACUUGUACCUUUAAGGCAGAAGAGGGACAAUAGUUUUCUCACUUCAUUCACAGAGCCAGGUCACUGGAAAGGCAAAGGAUGUAGUUCCAUGUUAGAAGGCAAAACCAAGGGUGUCCCGAUUUCUCCAGAAAAAUCUUCACCCAUUGACCUGACCCAGUCACAGCCUGACCACUUGAGUACCAGCUCCCAGGACCUCCCAUCCCACUUGAGCAAAGAGAAUGAGAUUAUCCUUUUACUGGAUUCAGAUGAAGAGUUGGAACUGGAACAAACCAAAACAAAGUCCAUUUCUAAUGAUCUCCCAGAGGAAAGGAAAGUUCUAGAAUUCAGCCCUAGGUCCUCUGAACUAUUUUCAGUCAUUGAUGUUGAUGCAGAUCAGGAAUGUUGCAGCCCACUGAAGGAAGGAGCUGGGAUACAGCGGGAGGAAGAAGAGGGAGAGCUGGAAAAUCAGGAUGCAUUGGGCCGUGGAAGGGUCCCCUGGCUGUUAUGUGACCAGGAGAGCAGCCUCCACGAGGACAGCACAGACACCUCAUGGCUGGUGCCUGCCACCCCACUGGCCAAUAAAAGCCGUGACUGCUCAUCACAAACCCAGAUAACAAGCCUUGUUCCCAGGACUCCAGGGGACAAGAUGGGUCCGCACACGCCCAGCGCCGCCUCAGAAAACAGGGCCGCUCAGGAAGCUGCACAGUCUUCAGUGAACACGCCCCAGAUGUCACCUGUCACCCCAGGAGCCUCUGACAGUGGAAGGCAGGUCUACAGAAGCCCUUCCGGUCCCCACCCCAGGUACUGCUCACUUUCUUCUCCACGUGCACAGCAGCCCGCUAUAGGAGGCCUCACCGAUGUCACCAGCAGGUUCCAGAAACUCUCACCACUGGGGCCAUUCCUGCCGAAUCAGGCUGCAGCAGGCGAAGUGGUGGAAGUUGGGGACAGUGAAGAUGAGCAGGAAGUGGCCUCCCAUCAGGGAAACAGCAGUACACUGCAGGAUAGUGACCCCCCAGUUCCAGUGGAUGACUGUUGUUGGCAUGUUGAGCCCCUCUCACCAAUUCCAAUUGACCACUUGAACCUCGAACGGACUGGCCCCCUGAGCACCAGCAGUCCCAGCGGACGGGCCCAUGGGGCUCUAGACAGCAGUGACUGCCACUCCCCAGGACUCCCCGGCACCACUCCAAUUCGAGGAAGCUGUGCUGCCCAUAGAGAACCUCAGCAGCAGUCCCCACAGGCCGGCUCCUCAGGGAGCAGCAGGCUCAGCUUCCUGAACACAGCUCUGUGGGACAACUGGGAUGGGGAAGAGCAGAAGUCUCCAGAGGCUUCGCCUGUGGCCCAGACACCAAGUGCCCACCGAGCUCAGCGGUUAGAAGGGCCGGAAACGCCAAAAGGUGCUAAUCAGAAGAAGAACUUGCCCCCCAAAGUGCCCAUAACUCCAAUGCCAAGGUAUUCCAUCAUGGAGACCCCGUUGCUGAAGAAAGAGCUGGACAGGUUUGGAGUCCGCCCUCUCCCUAAACGCCAGAUGAUUUUGAAACUGAAGGAGAUUUUCCAGUACACUCACCAGACCCUGGAGUCUGACUCUGAGGAUGAGAUCCAGUCCUCACAAGUGCCACUGGAGGCACCUUGCAGCCAGACCCUGACCACUGAGACCUAUAGGCCUUCACAGGCAGGCCACACCCAGUCUAAGGCCACUGCAGGUCCUAGGACCCAAAGGUCCAAAGGUCCCACUAAGGCCAAGGGCCCCCGACAUCCAAAGCACCAGCCUGGUGAAAGCAUUCCGCACCCAAGGAAGUCAGCAGCUGAGGAGCCAUCUCCAGGCCCUGAUGGUGACACUCAGCUCCCAGCCUCCCAGGAAUCCGUGGCCACCUAUGUGGACAGCAGUGACAGCUCCUUCAGCUCACAGAGUUCUUCCUCCUGUGAGUUUGGAGCCACCUUUGAGUCUGCAGGUGAAGACGAGGAGGGUGAGGAGGCGGUCAGUGCAUCACAGGCAGCCGUCCAGGCAGUGGACAUGGAGGAAGCUGUGAGACGCUACAUCCGCUCCACGCCAGCCCUAUACCGGAAGGUGCUGACGUACCAGCCCCUUGAGCUGGCAGAGCUGCAGGCCGAACUGAAGCAGAAUGGCAUCCGCGUGGCCACAGGCAAGCUGCUGGACGUCCUAGACACCCACUGCAUCACCUUCACCACCGCUGCAGCCCGGAAGGAGAAGCUCAAGCAGAAGGGGCGACGGCGUGUGGGCAGGAAGAAAGGGGUGUGGGAUUGACAGGGCCCUGCCCCAUCCCCACUGCCAGUGGCCUGUAGCAUCUAUGCCCAGCACAAGUCACCCCCUCUGGCCAUCUCCAGGAGGGCCUGGGUACCCAGGGUCAGAUGUCCACAGGCAUGCCUGGGCCUCAGGACAUCAGCCCACCUGCCUCCUCCUGACCAGCUUCUGCUGCAAUAGCUGGAGCAUGGUGCCCACUUAGUUAGGGUCCUGUGAGAGGGUCAUAGUGCCUGUCAGGCCCUGCCAGUGUGUGCCAGAGGGGCAGUAAACCACCCCAGCUGGCCAAGGGAAGGCCAUUUCUGCCCCUUCUGCCAUUCGGUGUCCUUUAGGCCCAGGCAGACUGCCCCAUGAGUGUGUCCCAAGAUGUCUGUCGGGUCCAGCCUGCCCCAGUUGGCCAGCCUGUCUUCCUUCUCUGCACUCAGACCAAUCCCAGUCACCACCAGCAGACCCUGGCAUCUGCAGGCUGCCUGCACCACCAUGCCUCAGGGGCAGCUUCUGGCACAGCUGCCCAGACUUGUCAUUGUCACCAGCAGUCUCCAAACUGAACAGUACACAGGGCCCGGCACACCCCUGCAGACCCCUGUUUGUUAGUGGGUUCCAUCCACAGGUGGAAGCUGCCUCUGGCCUGGGAGUAGUGUGGAGCACGGGCGGAGCUGGAGAGGAGCAGAGCUUGGGCCUCCAUGUCCUGUGAAUGUCCUCGUCUGUCAAAUUCAGCACAGUUGGUUUUAUAUGAUGUGCAAUAAACAUAAAAAAGACUAUAAAAACCAAA